GGCUGGAAAGCGGCUUGAACGAGGCGAUGUUCGAACUUGUCCAGGCUGCGCACCUCAGACUCUGACGGCUGGCCCGGCGAGGUGAGCUUGCUGACUGAGGACUGUGCACAGGCUUUGUGGUUCACAAAACCAACUCUGGUGCAAGCUGUACUGUAACGUCCCGUUGACAAUGUUGCGUGGACGUGAACCCAGCAAACGGAGCAAGUCGCCAACGGGUCCUCGGGAGGGCGAUUGCGAUGGAGCACGGCGUCGUGAUGGGGCUGUUCGUGAAGGCCCUCCUGAAGCCAAGAAGGAUGUUGUGCAGGCCCCAGAUUCCUAUUUGCCCGUGGCUGUGUCCCCAUCACAGCUUGACUUCUACAUAGAUGAUGAAGAGGGCCACACGCAAGUGCUCACUUUGUACAACGUCAACGACCACCCGGUACACUUUAUGUUGAUGUCAAAUGCACCAAGACGAUUUAGUGUCACAGGGCGUGCAGGGAUAAUCACGCCACACUGCUACACUGAGAUAGUCGUGAGUCACUGCGAUUUGUCUGAAGGCAAUGUGGGCAUCAAAGACAACUUGCGUGUAAUCAUGCGCAAGCAAGGGAGCCGCCUUCAGGGCUAUAGGGAUGUGCCUGCCACCCUGUGGGCCACACGCGGUAGCUCUGACGAAGAAAAGGAAGAUGAGGAAGAUGUCUCUUCAGAUUCCACCCAGUUGCAAACAGUGGCGGGGCAGGGCAAAGGCUGGACUGCGUCUGGGCAAGACUCACUUGUGCUGUUUGUGGUGCUGGCCUGUGUUGUGGUGCUUAUGCUACCACUUGAGGGUGCACAUGACACCAGCAGCCACCCAUUGCUUGCACACUUGCCUCUGAGCCACGAGUACAAGCUCUUUGCUGCCUAUAUUCUUGGACUCAUGACAACACUUAUUGUCCGCAAGUAAAGGAUGGUUUCUCUCUCCUUUGCUCCAGAAUGGUUGGACACCUUUAAAGCCAAUCAAGCCAACCUCGAAAAAAAGUUGGACAUGAAGUUGUGUGACCUGCUCCUCCGGAUGACGCUUGUUCAAUAUUAAAUAAAGUGUGCCUGAUUUUGGU